CUGUCUCAUACAAGUGUCGCUUCUGUAAAAACUCGAAAGUGGUGUGGCCAAACAUGGGCAGAAAUGGUAGACACUGCGAGGUACCAAUAGUGGCAAUCUCCAUAAGGCCGUAUUUACUUAGAAAAUCAAGAACUGUACUAUCAUUUCCAAUCUUUAAUCACCUCAAACUUAAGCUUUAAAGUCGUCGUCUUUGUUUCCUGCACUACAAUUGUUCUGACCCAAAUAAAUAUUACACAUACCAAACGUCUUUUACAGAUGCGGAUUGCUCCGUUUGAAUUUCUUGAGUGUUCAACAUUUUCAAUGUUUUUGUCUAUUUUACAACUGAAAGAAUGCUGUGUGCAGAACUAUCACUUAGAGGUGCGAAACACUGUAAAGACUUCCUUUCGCGUGUCAAGAGCUCUUCGUGAAUUGCGUAGGAGGUUAAGAGCUCCCCCUUAGCUUGAGGAAACUUCAAUAAAGGGGGGAGGUUGGAACAAGGAUCUUGACAAACUGAGAAUAAAAGUUGUGCGCGGACCACGUUGUAUGUUUGUGUGUACAUGCAAGAAAGUGAAGCUCACUCAUAACUCAGGAAAAUAGAUCCAAGUGAAGGGAAUGGUCUAACCGUACGUCCCAAUCCGUCAGCUUCGAGCAGCUGCUCAUAUGUGGCCAGGGGGCGCGCCUGCUCCGUGCUGACGGGCACGCGCGCUCAGUCAGUGAGCUGUGGCGACGGGCUGUCUGCUCGCUCUCGCACGGCCACUCGGUGACGCGCUCCAGACAACCUCCUCCCGCCUCCGCUAGAACCCUGUGACAAUCGCCUUGUUGCUACUGGGAGCGCGUGGCUAGAACCCUGUGACAGUUGCCCUUGUUACUAUUGGGAGCGCGUGGCUCGAACUCUGUGACAGUUGCCCUUGAUACUAUUGGGAGCGCGUGGCUAGAACCCUGUGACAGUCGCCCUUGUUGCUGCUCGGCGCGCGUGGCUAGAACCCUGUGACAGUCGCGCGCCCCUGCCGAGGAGCACCUGAGUCAGUACUAGUGCAACUCGAAACGUGUCCGGCAGAUUGGGACGAGAAGGCAGGGCGGGGGCAUUUAUCCCUGUUUCACCUCCAGCAACCAGGUAAAUCUGACGCCUGCUCCUGCCGAGUAAGUGCCGUGGAGGAAGCGACUGAGAUUCGUGCCGAAUGCUUUGAAGAGUCAAGGAUCUUAAUCCAACUCUGUCCAUCUCCAAUUCUGAUUACCACUUUCACUGGAACUGUUUGAUUUUGAGGUCUGAUCUGAAUCUGACUAUAUCUGGAAAAAGAUAUGCCAGCUGAAUUCCCACUUUGGAUAAGUUCUCUGUUUUAUUCUCUCAACCUUUGUCUCGUUCUGACAAUAUCUGAACUUGCCUUGACCAUGCUCCAUGCAGAUUCCAGAAGAUUCUAAAUAGCUUUUACAGGAUCAAGAAUGGUAGAUACACAACUGCCUCUAUGGCCCAUCAACUUUGCGAUGGGUACAAUGGACCUUUCAGAACUUGCCAAUCACACUCAUUCUUUCGAUGUGAAGCCAUUUGCUACAGUCGACUUUUCCACUGUUUCUGCAGUUAAUUAUGAAGAUCAUGCUUCAACCUCUUUAAGAAUUGAUGAGAAUUCUUCAGACUGUAAAUAUGAUGAACAAUUUCUGGACUACCAAAGUGCUAUUAAAGUUGAACCAUCUUCAUUAAAUGACAGUUCAGGAAAAGAGCUUUCAUUUGAAAGGCUACAAGAAAAUACAUCCAAUUCAGCCUUGUCUAUUGAAUGUAGAGUAUGUGGAGACAAGGCCUCAGGCUUCCAUUAUGGGGUCCAUGCAUGUGAAGGAUGUAAGGGUUUUUUCCGGAGAACAAUCAGGCUGAAGUUGAUGUAUGAUAAAUGUGACCUAAACUGUAGGAUACAGAAGAAGAACAGGAAUAAAUGUCAGUACUGCCGGUUUCAGAAAUGUCUCAUUGUCGGCAUGUCACAUAAUGCAAUUAGAUUUGGUAGAAUGCCACAAGCUGAAAAAGAGAAACUUCUAGCUGAAAUAUCCAGCGAUGCAGGACAACUGAACCCUGAGUCUGCUGAUCUCCGUGCUCUUGCCAAGCACAUGUUUGAGUCAUACAAUAAGGCUUUUCCUAUUACCAAAGCUAAAUCUCGAGCAAUCAUGGCAGGAAAAACGGGAGACAAAUCGCCAUUUGUCAUUUAUGACAUGAAUUCCUUAAAGGCAGGUGAAGAGCGCAUCAAAUUCAAACAAACACCAUUGCAAGAGCAGAACACAGAGGUAGAAAUCCGAAUUUUCCAACGUUGUCAAUUCCGUUCAGUGGAGGCUGUAAGGGAAAUCACUGAAUUUGCAAAAUCUAUCCCAGGGUUCAUAAAUCUUGACCUAAAUGACCAAGUGACUCUUCUUAAAUAUGGUGUCCAUGAAGUCAUAUUCAGUAUGUUGGCUUCCCUGAUGAAUAAGGAUGGACUUCUGAUUGCCGCAGGCCAGGGUUUCAUGACUCGUGAGUUUUUAAAGAGCCUGAGGAAACCCUUUUGUGAUAUCAUGGAGCCCAAAUUUGAAUUUGCCAUGAAGUUCAAUGGUUUGGGGCUGAACGACUGUGAUAUUGCAAUAUUUAUUGCUGUCGUCAUACUCAGUGGAGAUCGUCCUGGAUUGAUAAAUGUUAAACCAAUUGAGGAACUGCAAGAUAGCAUCCUUCAAGCACUUGCCCUUCAGCUUAAGAUAAGCCAUCCAGAUUCACCACAAUUGUUUGCAAAGCUACUUCAAAAAAUGACUGAUUUAAGACAGAUCGUCACUGAGCAUGUCCAGCUUCUGCACACCAUCAGGAAAACAGAGGCAGAAAUGAGUCUUCAUCCACUCCUGCAAGAAAUAUACAAGGACUUGUAUUAGAAAGUGUUGCCUUGAACCACAUUCAAAGAAAGGUUCCUUUCUCAAAUUGCACUGUUUCAUUGUCCAGUGUAACAACGAACACUUAGGAAUGGUGGCUUUAUUGGGUACUCAAGCAAUAAUUUGCAGAUUUGCACACAACUCCAUUGUACACAAGAAAAACAGGCAUAAAUGUUGAAGGUUUUCUUGCUGUUGAUGUUGUCUAUUGGGGAUGUGACUGAAUAAUGCGUAGAAUUGUUUAAGUGCCUUGAAAAUUGUUUAGUCUAUGAAUGAUUUUGAGAAAUGUCUAUCAAACAGUUGAGAAUAAAGACUAAAAGUCUAGUGUUCACAGUUUAAAUUGUCACUUUUCUGACAAACUUAACUUCGUAAUCUUUCAGGAUCAUAUGUACUGGCCAUUAUUAUCAUAAUAAUUGAAACUUCACUGACACUGUUUACGUGAGUGCUGGUGGCAGUCAUUAUGCAAACAGUUCAAUUGGCAAAUUACUUAUGUUAAAUUUCUAUCUGUUUUAGGAAAUGUCUUCUCAGCCUAUUUAGUGUUGUUCAAGAUGGGCAUCCAGAUUUCACUUUUUGUUAUUCAGUACCAUAUGUUCUGUAUUUUUAAUCAUAUGUUUAAAGAUUGUUUUUUAAGCUGUUCCCACCAAGAAACUUUGCAAUUGGAUUGAGCUAUCACUCAUAAAAGGGGAGAAGUAUUCUAAAUGAAUGUUCUAAGUUCUCAGUUAACAAUGUGAAAAUUAAUUGUGUACUAUUGUAUAAUGUACCAACAGCAAAACAGAAUUACACUGGAUUCUCCAAAUGAACAGAAAAAUGUAAAAUCUGUUUAUAUGCAAAAUAUUGACCUCAAUGAUUCAAAACCUUAAGUGAAAGAAUCCAAAAAGGCUACUGUACAUUGAAAUUAUUAAAAAUACAAUUUGAGAACAUAUUAGACAUUUUACAAAUGCUAUCAUAAUUAUUUGAACUAUAAUUAUUUACAUUGAUAUUGAUCUAAUGCAAGUUAUAUAACCAUCCAUUACUUUAAUUUUUUAAAAGUACAGAUGUAAUAAUAAAACUUUAAAUCCUAAAAUAUCAGAAAUCCCUUUGUUCAUUUUAACUUUGUUAUCAAGUGAGAAUUAAAGGGAAACUUUUAAUAACAGAAUAAAAUCUUGUUCCAAGAUUUUUCUCCCCACUGAUGUGAAUUUCCUAAACUCACCAUCAUAUUUUGAAUUUGUGUAUUGAAUGUUUGUGAAUUUUCAUGUGUUCUACUCGAUGUAUAGGUUACCUAUGUUACAGUUCCACACUUGUUAUGUCACUAAACUGGAUUAGUCUGGCAGAAAAUAUAACUGCUUAGAAUACUAUUUGAUAAAUAAUCAAACUGGUUGAAAUACUGGAAAGAAUGUAAAAACCAGGUGAUAAAAAUAUUUUUCAGAAAAGGAUUCUCAUUAUAAUCCUUAAUUUAAAACAAAACAAGCCACUAUUAUUGACUUUUAUACAUUAAUACAUUAGUUCCUCAUGCACAUUUUACAGGUUGUUGAGGCCAGUUUUCCAGUGAAGCAGCUCAGAGGGCAAUUGGGCCAAGUGUAAUCCAGCCCCUAUUUUAAAACAUUGCAUGUUGUCUUUAUAUUACUGUGCUAUUAUUAAUUCUUAUUUACACAUUUGUAAUGGAAAAUUUCCACUUUCACUUCUUGUAGUUACAUUCCUUCUACUUAGUGGGCUGCAGCAGUUCCACUGCUGAGAGAAAACUAAUUGCAUGAUAAGUUUGUGCAGAAUGUGUACAGAUUAUAUUCAAUCUGUUUUAAUCAUUUCAUAUAUAUCGUUGAUUUGAAUCAUAAAUGCUAAUGAAAUCAAAAAGAACACAAUAACUAAUGUGAGAGAAUUAAUAUGAACAAAACUGCUGACUCAGCUGAUUAAGGAUCUAUCUAUUCAAGAAAUAACUUCCAAUCCUUCAUUCUGGAAGACCAAUAUUCAGUCAGCAAUGUACUUAAGAAAAUGUCAAUUAUUUUGGCCAUUUUUUAAAAGGAUAUAUUGGUGGGAUGACCUUUAUUUAAAAUAAAUUUGUAAAAAGUGCAUUAAUUUCUAACUUGUUACCUCAAAGUGCUUUACAUAUUAAAUAAAUGAUCAUCUAAAAGAUUUCUAGUUAUUAAUACAGGAUAGUCCAAACAUUACUACCAUAACUUGUCAUUUCAUCAUUCUUGGACCUUGGUAUGUGCAAUAUGGUUCUGUGUUUAGUCACGCAACAGUAAUUCUACAAUCUUAUUCAAUGAAAUUGUGGAGUAUUUUUGUUAUUUUUCUAAGAGGAAUGCAUUAAAUGCAAGUAUUUGUAGAAAGAUUUCAUCUUUACAUAGAUUUGAUAAGAAAUGGGUUAAGAAUGUAUGAAUUUCUUCUCAAACUGGGAUGCAUUUAUGGGAAUAUUAGACAGCCCCUCUGUUUAAGAAUGUUGUCUGCAUGAGCCAACAGAAAUGAUUGUGCAAAUCAUCUGGCAAAAUUAUUUGCCAGAUUUAUUUAUGAUAUAUAGAACAGCCAGUAAAAUGCAGCCCUUUGUGAAUAUCAGUGUCUCCACUGGCUUGUGAGAGAAGGAGGAGCAAUAGUAUUCUGGAUCUCUUUAUUAUAUGGAAACUUGGCAAAAUGACAUGGGACUUCAUCCUGCUGUUGGUGUUAAUGAAUCUGUUGAAUCAGCAUAUUCUCAGUAUGGUCUAGAUCCCCAGUGAUUACAUUGUGCCAGAUUUUCUUCAUACUUUCUGCCAAAUGAUCAACAAUUUGCUUAGGUUUCAUUUUUAAAUUAUGGAUAAUGUUCUGAAUUGCUGUUUUUUUCUAACGAGUUAUAUCAUGCAGUGAAAGCUAUUAUUGUUCAGUAUGUUUGAAAAAUUUUCAUGAAUUACUGUAAAUUGAAAUCUGUAAAAGCUAAACCAGAAAAAGAUUGCUUUUGUGUUUAUUUUUGGAUGUUCAACAAAGCUGAGGAAUUCAGCCUGAUCACAUCCUGGGGCAUUACAGUCCUAAAAGUGAGAAUGAACAUAUUAAAUAUGUGAUGUACUUUUAGUUUCCUACAAUCAGAAUAUUUUGUAGUGCCCUGCUUAAUUUUUUGAUACAGUAAUUCAAAGAACACAUUCCUGCAAUACAAAUUAUUGAGCUGGAUAACUCCAAUUGCACCUUUUGAGGUAAAACUAUGCUAUUUUUUAAAACAAGUUUGUCAGAAUUAAUAGGUUUACCUAUUGUGCAACAUUAUUAUUUAAUAACUGUGUAAACCAUUUCAUUUUGUGUGUUGAAUUUGUCUAUUCAAGGGAUCACUUAAGACUUGACUGCAUUUAACCUGAGCCGCGUUUAAGAUGACAGUUAGUCAAUGGAAACAUAACUAAAUGUUCAAUUUAUUUUUUAUUUCUUUCAAACACAAUUAAGAUUCUAACAAAAUCAUUUUGAAAUUGUAUCUAAGUGAUGAUAUGCAAUGUAAUUGUGGAUUUUAAAAUGAAGUGUCAGAUAUUUUACACUCUGGCUAUAACUGGCAUUCAGGGAUUCUUUUAUUUUAUUAUCAAGCUUUGGUUCGAAAACAUGCAUCUUAUCAUGUACUAAAAAAUAUUUGCUGUAAUUUUAAAAUGUUCUAGAACAAUGUUGAGUGAAUACUUGUAUGCUGUUAUCAGGAGUAUUUUUUUUAACCAUAACCAAUAGUAGAUAACUGAGAAAGAGAAAAAUCAUGCAGCACUAAUUUGCAACCAGCAGAGGCUGCUGCUACAACUAUUAUGUAGAGGUGCCAGUGUUUGACUGGGGUGGACAAAUGCAAAAAUCACAUGACACUGGGUUAUAAUCCAACUGCUUUAUUUGAAAGCACAAAUUUUCGAGAGCGCCCUGCUCUUUCCUCGGGCAGCUCAGAAGGUGUGGGGGCUUCAAAAGCUUGUGGUUUUAAAUAAACCUGUUGGACUAUAACCCGGUGUCGUGUAAUGUUUCAUUUCGGCUACAACUAUUGGCAAACUGAAUUAAAGAAAUCUUCGUUGCAUUCAAGGGCUUUGCAUCACAGAACAUUGAAUGUGCUUUUUACUGAAAUUACUGGUAUGAGUGUUUUUCAUUUUGUUCUCAAAUUCACAGCAAUUUAUUUAUUUAGUAAACAGAAGCAAUUUAUUCCAUGUAAUUCAAAAGAUGGAUUUGAAGGAAGUAUUGGAUGAAAAAGCAAAUCAUAAAAUUUGAAUCACUUGUCCUACAUAGCUGUUAUUACUCAGAAUAUUUUAGCCAUGUAAACUUGUAAUUUUAAUAGUUUUCAAUUAAAGUUCUGUAUU